AAGCAAUAGGUCUCACUGGUUUGAUCCAUGGACUGAAAUCUGACCACUAUUGCCGUUUUGUUUACAAUAGGAGCGAAUAAGUUGUUUCACAAAGUCACAACCUAGGACUGAUAUUGACCUCUCAUUUAUCCACCAGAGCGUGAAAUGGGAGGAUCCCCCGGAUGACCAAAAUAAGGUUGUGAUGAAUAUGAAGGAUGAAACAGAGACACAUGAGACCAACAAGAACAGGACAGGAGGCAAGGCUAAACGUAAGUCCAGUGGCCGUGCCAAGAAGACUUCCGUGGAGGAGGACAGCAGCAUUGGUGCAGGUCCGAGAUUACUUCAUGUUGGGUGCAGAGUCUUCUCAGACACCCGGGUGUGGUUUCCGGGAAAGGGGAUCUAUCAUUGAGCAGCUGGAGAAGGAGGCUCAGAGGACUCUAAUGCCUUCUCUCAAGAUUGAGACAUGCUGUGCCCCAAUCCUCCUCUCCUUCCUGAGGAGUCUAACUGAUGACCAAUGGAGAGUGAUUCAGCAUGGCAUGAAAAAUAACCUCACAUUCGAGCAGCUCUCCAUGCUGUGUCUGAAGAUUGUUAAAGUCGUGACCCAGACAGCCCUCCGCAUUCUCCUACCAGCGCUAGCUCGUAUCAUGGGGGUGAACCUGAGGAGUGGGGCAACCUCCCCAGAAUCCCAGUGCUCUCUGACAGGGUCUGAGGAUUCCUUAGGCAGUCUGGAUGAGAGAGAGAAAAGGCUGCUGAUCAGUGAGAUGAACUCCUGGACUAAGGAGAGGAGGAGGAAUGGCAGUGCAGGGUGCCGCCAAAAAUCCACUCGCAGAACCUCAUCACCAUGCUGUUCGCCUAAGAGGUCCCAGACCUCAUUGCAGAGCUUGCCUGCAACUAGAGAGGCUCCCCUCAUGGAGGAGCCUCUGAAGGCUCUUUUUGGGGUAACGGAAGAGAGCCUCCUGAUAUCCCUGGUUGAGGGUCACUCCAACCCCACCUCCUCCAGCUCCUCCGAGUUGAGGUGUGCUAUCGUGGGGGAGGUGGUACACCAGCUUAACUCUGGCCUCUCAGUGGCCAUUCAGGCCAGCUCGGGGAGUUUCCCCCCUAUGGACAGUCAGGACAUAGCAGCAGGCAAGGAGGUCAUUCGGGUAGCCUCGGUGCAGAUCCUGGCCGAGCUACAGAGCCAAACGUCUGAGCCAGAGUGGGUAGGGUUUAUCGAGCCCCUCAUGGACCCUGUGACCGAUGAUGUGCUGGAUGCCAUUGUCGGCACAAUGGACAAAAUGGCACAGGACUUCAACAUCCUAUUGGAUCUGGCCAAGAAGAUGACAAUCUUGGGGUCAAAAUGUCUGACCAAUCUUCAAUGUGACCUUGAUGUUGAGUGUCCAUCUGGGAAAGAAGGGACCACUCACUUUCUCAAAGAGACUGGAUCCUCUACCAGUGUGGUGGCCAGAAAGAUUCAGACCCUCUCUAGCCCCAACUUUCAGUCUAAAGCCCUGAAGGCGGUGAGCACCAUCCUUACAAGGAAAGUCAGCAGCUCUUCUGGCAUGGCUCCUUCCUCUAGGCCUUCUAGUGCUGCUCCUAGCCUUACUGAAGCUUCCCUGAAUACCAGCUGCACAGCCCUGACAUCUGUAACCUCCACUGCCACAGUGAUUGUUAAGGCAUUUGUGGGAGGCAUGGAGACGAUAGCAUCAUUUGAAGGCACAUGUGAAGCAGUUGAUUGGCCAGUUCCUGUAAAUGACCACAAAACAGGAUCUUCACAGAUGAUAACCUUCUCUCUAGCCCGCACACUCUACGGCCGUAUACGAGCAAAGCUGAGGGACCUUUUAACUCUAUCCGCUCGAGAAGAAGGUGUGGCUAAGGAUGCUUCUCUUCAGGAGUCUUCAGACACUAUGGAAAAGGCAACUGUUUCAACUGUUGAGGUCCAGUUACCCAGCACCAAACUUAGUAGAGUUCCCAGUGAGAGCCAACCAAUACCAGCUCUCUGUCUCUCCAAUCUGGAUACCAGUACUCAAGAAGUUCUUAGCAGUGUUUUUUCCAUCUACAAGUCAGAGUUAUCAAAAGUGGAGAGUAAAUCCUUGGCCGUUGUCAGUUCAUCUGAUGAGUCCCUAGAGGCUUGUUGGUUUGUUGAUGGCGUCCUAUCAAAGCUCGAUGACUAUACUAUUUCCCAGUCACCCUCACCCAAUGAAGACUUGAGCGUGAGUACUCAAUAUUCUCAACUGAGCUCAGAAGAGAGUGUCAGAAUCACGGAGUCUUCUACUAGUCUGAUUCAGAGCAUUAAGAAGCUCUCUAGCAAUGACUUCCAGACUCAGGCAGAAGAGGCAGUGAGUAAAGUGCUGAUGAGAUCCAGUCAUUCCUUUAUCACACAGAUCAGCCAUACUGGUCUUCAGAAAAGUCUGCAGGCUGGCUUAUCAUCUAGCUCACCAUCAGAGAUCCAUGUCCUUUCAGAAUCCAUGUCCUCCAUGUCCUCUGAGAAUACAGCCUCUGGAUUAGUGGAAACCUUUGUCAAAGGAAUGGUGACUAUUUUCCAGAAAAAUGAGUCCACUGACACUGUGCUACUGGAAAGAAGUGGGAGAGUUUCACAGUGCUCCCACGGGGGCUCCCAACUGGAUGAUACUGAAUUGAGUGUUAAAAUAUCAGAGGAGAAGCUUUGGUCAACAGCUAAGACCAUCUGCGUCAGUAUGAAGAACACACUUAAGGAUUUCUUCACAGGGCUGAAGCCACCCGGAUCCGAAAGGACAGAAAAUGCUUCUUCCAAAGAGACCCUUGGGGAAAUCCUGGUUGCUAUCCAGAAUGAAAUCUCAAACUUAGGGCGAAUGAAGGAUUCCAGGGAGCUCCUUCAGAUCAAUGAUAUGGUAGGAACUAUACUGAAGGAGGUUGAGAAAAGUGAGGAUGACAGUGAACAAGUCUGCCAAGACAUCCCUAGAACCUGUUCAUCUUUGUCCACUUCUUUAAAUGGUCGUAGUUCCUUGUCCAGCUCUUCAAAGAGUCCUAGGUCAGAGUGUGAGUUAGAGAUCAACCUCCCUGGCACUCCCAUCCCUGACGAAGUGCCUUUUGAUCUGACCUGCCCCAUCGUCAGGAGCUCCUGCAUCGACACCAGGGUCUCUAAAAUGCCAGAGAUUUCUUCAAGUGACCUAAAGACAAAGAUGAUGGCACACACAGAUGAACCCCUGCAUCGUAACAGUCCAAUGACUGACCGCAGUCGACCGCCGAGUGCUAAAGCCUCUUUUCGAUCCUCCACUCCGUCUUUCACCAACAAGGGAACCUCUUUGGUACCAAAGGGAGAUGGGAUUGACAUUGAAGAGAAGGAGGUGUGCAUCCCCAGCAGCUCUGGCCAUCUGAGGGAGCUCUUAAUCACCCCGGACAUCAGCAGUGCCACUGCAUUCCCACUGCAGUACUUGAUGGACUCCAGCAAAGAUGAUGGCAUCUGUUUUGUCACCAUACUGGUGAUAAGGUUGCUAUCGGAGAUCAGACCCUCAGCCCUAGAUGGACCCUCCCAACAGGCAGCAGAUCUGACAGAAACAUGUCAGCAACUCAUCAGACAAGUCCUGUCUGAGUUCUGUGCUGCAUCCAGAUUCUCCAGGACAAAGGCAUAUUCGCAGAACCUGAACAUCCAAAGGGUGUUCAGAGGUGUACAUAAAAACCUCAUGGAGGAGUUUGGCUCUUAUAACAUCCUGCAAGCAGCUCUUUCCUCCCAGGACCCUGCAUUUGACAGAGUCCUGGUAAAGUCCUUGACCCAGCAGCUGGUACAGGGAUGCAAGGAGGCGUCAAGACCAGCUUCUGCUGCAACAAACCCAUCAGACCAGGCUGAGACAGAGAGGGGGGCUGAGCAGAAAGCAAGAAGGAGCUUCCUUUGCUUUUCAAUGACCAAACUCAGGAUCAACUUCAAGCGUUCCAAGAGAGGAAACAAAAAGGACUGCCAUUCAGUCCAGGAACAGACUGAGAUUCCCUCUACUGAUGGACAUUGCAUAGCUCCCGUUGGAGAGGUUUCUCCCUCCAUAUCUCAGCCUGUCAAAAAACGAUCCUUGAUUGUCAGGGUCUUUUCAGCAAUGAUGAAGCCAUUCAGGUGCUACACCAAGAAGAACCUGUAACCUCUUACGCUGCAGUUAGAACUACUUUUGUAACAGCAAGACUUUUGACAAGAGGCAUUUCUGCAUGUCUACCCUUUCAAAGUCUAUUUGAUCAAAUAAAUGCCAAUGAUUUUACAAGAAUUUCAAGUGUUUUGGAAGAUUAGUAAAACUGAAGCAGCUUUUCUCAGAGAAAUGCACUAGUUCCCCCUUGGUUACACAUUUAUUGUGCAGUUUUUGAGUUGGCAGGACUUGGGGCAGCAGGUAGCCUUGUGGUUAGAGCGUUGGGCCAGAAAGGUUGCUAGGUCAGAUCCCUGAGCUAACCAUGUAAAAAAAUAUGACGUUCUGCUCCUGAACAAGGUAGUUAACCCACUGUUCCUAAGCUGUGAUUGUAAAUAAGAAUUUGUUCUGAACUGACUUGUCUAGGAAAAUAAAUAAAAUAACCACAGCUUGACUCUAAUACAAUAGUUGCUGCAUAGACUGUCAGAUAACCAGAUGUUGUCUAUUAAUUUAGUUCGAUUGGUAAGAGCUUAUUAGCAGCAAGGGGAAAACACAUAGAGGAGAAUUAGCUAUCUGCAGCUAGAUGUUUUCUAUAUAUUUUCUAUAUGUUGAAAAUAUAACGUCCAACAGUUGACAGUGUAUGUCAGAGCAAAAACCAAGCCAUGAGGUCGAAGGAAUUGUCCAUAGAGCUCAGAGACAUGAUUGUGUCAAGACACAGAUCUGGUGAAUGGUACCAAAACGUUUCUGCAAUAUUGAAGGUCCCCAAGGACACAGUGGCCUCCAUCAUUCUUAAACGGAAGAAGUUUGGAAACACCAAGACUCUUCCUAGAGCUGGCCGCCAGGCCAAACUGAGCAAUCGGGGGAGAAGUGCUUUGGUCAAUUCAAAAUAGCUCUACUCUGAGAACUACUUUUAAUCACAGAGUGGAAAACCUAGAACCAUACUGUGUUGAUCACAAUUAUGGAUGUAUUCUGGAAUAAGACAAACCUAUACAUAGAGUUGGAGUCUGAGUGUGUGUACACACAGCCACCUCUUUAACCACUCUUCAAAAUAUUUGGCAGCCUUUGAGAUGGAGAAUAAGUGACAGAACAAGAGUAUAAUAAAAGCAUGACUUCUCUCCCACUCCUGCUCACAGCAGCAGUGCAGUGGAGUAGCUUCAACAGCCAUAGGCCCAAGGAUUUCACAUCACAUUCCAUGAUGCAAUGCAGAAUACGGCUUCACACAGAACAAUCACCAAACCCAUAAGAUAACACUUCGCACAGCACAGCCAAACAUCAUGUAUCACAUGAAGAGAAAUGUGUGUACUCCGGACGAGAUGCCUUCAAUCUACGCUCUCUCUCUCCCUAUCCCCCACCUCUCCCUCUCUCUCUCUCUCACUCACUCUUUCUCUCUCUUGCAAUGCAUGCUGG